GCAAGUCAGAGAUCCAUCUAUAAAUCCUAUAGGUGCAUAUCUGCACCUCUUCUGGCAGAAGAUAAAGGCUGUUUCCAGCUAUGUAAUGUUUUUCGAUCACAUGACAUGGAAAUUGACCAGUGUUUGCUGGAGUCCCUCCCUCUCGGCCAGCGGCAGCGGCUGGUGAAGCGCAUGCGCUGUGAUCAAAUAAAGGCGUACUAUGAACGAGAGAAGGCUUUGCAGAAACGGGAAGGUUAUGCCCAAAAACUGAAACAUGGAAAGAAUCACCGAGUCCGUUUCAAUCUUGCUGAUAUGAUACAGGAUGCGAUCGUACAUCAUGAUGAUAAAGAAGUGCUACGGCUAUUGAAGGAUGGUGCCGACCCUCAUACAUUCAUUUCCUCAGGAGGCUCCUUGCUCCAUCUGUGUGCCCGCUAUGAUAAUGCAUUUGCUGCAGAAAUUCUAAUUGACAGAGGAGUAAAUGUAAAUCAUCAGGACGAGGAUUUUUGGACCUCAAUGCACGUAGCCUGUGCAUGUGAUAAUCCUGAUAUUGUCCUGCUACUGCUACUAGCUGGAGCAAAUGUGCUGCUGCAAGAUGUUAAUGGAAACAUUGCACUUGAUUAUGCCAUAGAAGGGACUGAAUCCAGCAGCAUCCUUCUGAUGUACUUGGAAGAAAAUGGUGUAGAUCUGAAUUCGUUGCGCCAAAUGAAGAUACAGAGACCUAUGACAAUGCUUACAGAUGUCCGACAACUCAUAUCAAGUGGAGGAAGUGUGAAUCAAAAGAAUGAUGAAGGAGUUACACUGCUUCACAUGGCCUGUGCAAAUGGAUACAGGAAUGUGGCGUCUCUGAUCCUGGAUCAUGGGGCUGAUCUCAAUGCAGUGGAUAAUCAGUACUGGACACCUCUUCAUUUAGCUGCAAAGUAUGGGCAGACAAACCUUGUGAAGCUGCUUUUGAUGCACUGGGCAAAUCCCAAUCUUCUUAACUGCAAUAAUGAAAAGCCUUCAGAUAUUGCAGCUUCUGAGUUUAUUGAGGAAAUGCUUCUAAAGGCUGAAAUUGUCUGGGAGGAAAAAAUGAAAGACCCUUUAUCUGUUUCUACUUUAUCUCAAGAAGAGCCAUAUGAAGAGAUCAUCCAUGAUCUGCCCACACUUUCCAAUAAACUCAAUCCCCUGGCUUUACCGAUUGCCAAGCAAGACAGUUUGCUGGAGAAAGACACCAUGUUUAAAGAUGCAGCUAAAGGUUUGUGUAAGCAGCAAUCUCAAGACAGUGCAUCUGAAAAUGUCGCAGUGAACAGUACAAGCAAACUUGAACAGAUCAAGCUAAUGCCUCCAGCUCCGAAUGAUGACCUGGCUUCUUUGAGUGAGCUAACAGACAGCAGCCUGCUUUAUGAGAUCCAAAAGCGUUUCAAUAAUAAUCAGAUAUAUACCUACAUUGGUGAUAUACUGCUGCUUGUUAACCCAUUUAAAGAACUUCCUAUUUAUUCUACUAUGGUCACUCAACUUUACUUAAGCAACUCUGGAAAACUGUGUUCCUCGCUUCCUCCACAUAUAUUUUCCUGUGCCGAAAGAGCUUACCACAUGCUAUUCCAGGAGCAGCGUCCCCAGUGCUUUAUCCUCAGUGGAGAAAGUGGUUCUGGAAAGACAGAAGCCUGCAAACAGAUAGUGAAGCACCUCACUUGCAGAGCCAGCUCCAGCGGAAAUACCUUUGAUACCAAGAUAAAACAUGUAAACUGUAUCUUGGAGGCCUUUGGACAUGCUAAGACACCCCUGAAUGAUUUGACCAGCUGUUUUAUAAAAUAUUUUGAGCUGCAGUUUUGUGAGAAGAAAAAAACGUUAUCUGGAGCUAGGAUUUAUACGUACAUGUUGGAGAAGUCUCGUGUCAUUAUGCAACCUCUCAACCAGAGCAAUUUUCAUGUGUUUUAUUUGAUGAUGGAUGGGCUGUCUGCUGAAGAAAAGUACGCGUUGUACCUCAGUAAUUUGUCUGCACACAGGUAUCUAAGCCAGAGCGUACUGGAAGACACGAUGGUAACAGGCAACCCUCAAAACAGGGAGAAAUUAGCUGUGCUAAAACAAGCUCUAAAUGCUGUGGGAUUCAAUAGCCUGGAGGUGGAGAACCUGUUUGUAAUUCUCUCUGCAAUCCUGCAUCUUGGGGACAUCCGGUUUACUGCUCUGACAGACGCUGAGACAGCAUUCGUGUCGGACCUGCAGCUACUGGAACAAGGUCGGUAGGACGCGGCC